AUGUCUCCUGUCAUCCAGUCACAGGAAGUACUACCUGACACAGAGGCAGCUACUAAUUUAUCACCUGUCAUCCAGUCACAGGAAGUACUACCUGUAACAGAGGCAGCUACUAAUGUCACCUGUCAUCCAGUCACACUGAUUUUUCUACAUGGCCUAGGGGACACUGGCCAUGGCUGGGCACAAGGAUUUGGUCAACUAAAUCUAUCUCACGUCAAAUGUGUGUGUCCCACUUCGCAAACACGAAAAGUAACAUUAAAUGGCGGUAUGCCUAUGCCUUCUUGGUUUGAUAUAUUUGGGUUAGAUCCUAAAGCUAGGCAAGAUGAAGAGGGAAUUAGGAAAGCAUCUCAAGAAUUAAAAGAUUUAAUAAAAGAAGAAGCCAAAUAUAUAUCAACAGAAAAGAUAUUUAUCGGAGGAUUUUCUCAGGGAGGAGCAGUGGCGUUGUACACGGCCUUGACCUCCGACUCCCAGCUUGCUGGCUUAAUUGGCCUCAGUACAUGGCUUCCUCUACACGACAAGUUCAUUUCUAAUGACAUAGGAAAAAGCAAACAUUUAAAGGACUUAAACAUGUUUCAAGGUCAUGGCAAGGCAGACCCAAUGGUGCCUUACACCUGGGGGGAGAUGACCAGUAAGAUCCUGAAGGCUAAUGUUAAGAGUGUCACCUUUAAAUCCUAUGAUGAUAUGGGUCAUAGUUCCUGUGCACAGGAAAUGGCGGAUGUAAGGGAGUUUCUUAAUUCUAUUGUGCCUAGUGAUUGACAAGCUAAUCAGUAGUGACAGACAACCACUAGCACAGAUCAACAGCUUUGUGUUGGACUAUUUUAGAUGAGGAGGAGGAGGUAGUUACUUUAUGUCUUCGUGACAACAUGGCAGGGAGCUUGAUUUGGAUGCAACCAAACUUUCUGUGUGAAAUCAUACAAACACUUCCUAUCUGAUCUCUGUAGAAAUGGGAAUUCUCGUCUUGUUGUUUAGGGUUGAAAUAUUGUACUUUAGUACGUGUCUUGUCAUUCAUUAGAUUAGGUUUGACAUAUCUGAUCACUUUAUUUAGCAAUGGAAUGUUGUCGUCCAUUAGUUAGGGAGGAGAAACAUGAAAACGUGGUAUGCAUUUAUUGGUAUUGUAAUCUUAAGGAUCCUUGUCCCACUGCACUGUCUGUGGUUAUAUUCCCAUGAAUUUUGUUUUGGCUAUAACUGGUGUAUAGUUGUUGAUCUGUGACACUUCAGUGACCUGGUAGCUCUGUCGGUAAGAGCGACAGUAUAACAUUCAAGUCCUGGGUUGGAAUCCUGUUGCAGACAUGCUGAGUAUUUUACAUCCACAAUACUAUUGUUGAUUAAUUUCUGUUUGUUUCCAGUAUGUUUUUAUAAAAGUCCUGCAAGGUCUACAAUACAUACUCUUUUUUUUUAAAAUGAU